UAAGAUUUGGGCGCUUAUUUUGCGAAAUUUUGUGUAAUUAUUGUCAUAGACCACUUUUACUCGAGGUUUCGAGAUUAUUGUUGUUAUCAGUUGUUGUUUGUUUAGAAUUUGUGUUUCUGAAUUUCCUAACAAUGUCUGAUUCCGAUCUAGCAGAAUUGAGAAAACAAUGUAUCACUAGUCUGUAUUUAUGUUCAGACAACGUAUCAAAAUAUUUAGACGAGGAAAAAGAAGCUGAAUUCAACAAACUCAAGUCUUAUGUAGAAGGUUACUGUCUUCUAGAAGCCCAACAAGACGUCGCAAUUCAAGCAUUAGAAAGAGCAAAAAAUGAAACUGAUAACUCUAAUCUGGAUACACUAGACGAAAGAUUCAAAGCAAAUUUAGCUAGUAUGGCCGGCAAAAAGCUAAAUGUAAAAAAUCAUCCUUAUAUGAUUGAACUUAAUAAAAGAAUAGAGAAAGGGCAGCAGCAAGCUAGACAAAACUUAGAAGAUUCAGAUUUAGCAAUCACCGAAUCACAGGAUAGAUAUAUUGAUCCAAUUACAAAAAAAGUGAUUGUGGAUCCAGUAAAAAAUACAGUAUGUGGACAUAUUUAUGAGAAACAAUCUAUAAUGAAUUUGUUAAAAAUGAAAAGCUCAACUAAAUGUCCAGUGGCUGGUUGUGGUAACAGAACUGCUAUUCAGAAACAACACCUAAUAGAAGAUGAAGAGCUCAGAUUCAGAAUGACUAUCACACAACACUCUACCAUGAUAGAGGAAAGGUCGUACACAAACUUAGAUGAGACUUCAUAAUAAGUAAAAGCACACCGAGGCACUGCCAAAAUCAUGAUAUA